AUGGACUCGCUCGCGCACCCGUUGUCGUCGUCGUUCGAGACGCAGCUCUCGUUCGUCCGACACUCCGACCUCGACCGCCUCGUCACGGUCCGCAUCGCCUCGUUCCAGGGUCACUUGCCCCAGCGACCCCUCGUCGACCUCCUCGACCAGCCCUCGCUCAAGCACCACGGCUUCCAGCAGGCCACCCCGUCCGACCUCUAUGUCCGCCUCGAGCUCUGGGCCGACAACAACCGCCUCGUGCCCCCAGUCCAGACGGCCCACAAGCACUUCAAGUCGCGCGAGCAGGUCGACUGGAACGAGCACGUCACGCUCCCCGUCAAGUACCGCGACCUGCCCGCCUCUGCCCAGCUCGCCGUCACCGUCUUCGACAUUGCCGGCCCGCGCCAGCUCGCCGUCGUCGGCGGCUCGACCCUGCGCUUGUUCGGCAACAAAGCCACCCUCAAGAAGGGCAAGCAGCGCCUGUACCUGUGGAAGGGCGUCGAGGCCGACGGCCGCGUCGAGUCGGACACGCCGAGCAAGGUCGGCCUGCGCGACGAGAUGGGCCGCCUCGAGAAGCUCGUCCGCAAACACGAGCGCGGCGACAUUGCCCGCCUCGACUGGCUCGACAAGCUCGCGUUCCGCCAGAUCGAGAAGAUUCACAAGGCCGAGUCGGAAAAGUCCGACAACCUGUUCCUGUACCUCGACCUGCCGCGAUUCGACUUUCCCGUCGUCUUCAGCGAGCCCGAGUACCCGCUGCCUGUCCUGUCGUCGCUCAACCUGUCGUCCGCCCUCGGCCCGGCCGCAUCGGUCGCGAGCAGCGUGCCCUCGACCUCGGCCCAAGCCGCCUCGUCGUCCGAGCCGACCUUGUUCACCAUCAUCGACCCCGAGAUCGUCCGCAAAAACCCUGUCGAGGCCAAGCAUCGUCGCCUCGUGCGCGACCAUCGCAACGGCCCGCUCGACCGCGAGCUCAAGCCCAACGCCAAGAUCCGCGACGAGCUCAACGAGAUCCUGCGGUACCCGCCGACGCAAGAAUUGACGACGCCGCAGCGCGACCUUGUGUGGAAGUUCCGGUUCUACCUGACGCGCGACAAGCGCGCCCUCACCAAGUUCCUCAAGAGCGUCGUGUGGUCCGACUCGGGCGAGGCGACCCAGGCCGUCGAGACGCUGUUGCCCAUGUGGAACGAGGUCGAGAUGGACGACGCGCUCGAGCUCCUCGGGCCGGCCGAGGGGUUCCGCGACAGGAGGGUGCGCGCCUACGCCGUCAAGCAGCUCGAGCGAGCAGAUGAUGAGGAGCUCAUGCUCUACCUCCUUCAACUCGUCCAGGCGCUCAAGUUCGAGCCCGCACCUCCUCCUUCCGCGGCACCAGUCGACGUCCCGACGCUCGAAGACUUCCUCGUCGAGCGCAGUGCGAGGAACCCGGUCCUCGGCAACACGUUCUACUGGUACAUCCAGGUCGAGCGCGAGGACAAGGGGCGAGGGCGGCUCUUUGACGAGGUGGCGCGCAAAUUCGAGCGGCGCAUCAAGGAGCUCCAUCGUCCAGGCGAGCCGGACCAGCUCGACGCGCUGCGGCGACAGAGCGAGUUCAUCGCCCGCAUCACCCAGCUCGCCUCGUCACUACGCCUGUCCAAGGACGCUCGACCCAAGAAGAUCGACAAGCUGCGCGCUGCCCUCGCCUCGUCGUCGUCCGGGUUGAGCACCUUCUCGCCGCCGAUCCCGCUCCCACUCGACGCCCGCAUCGCCAUCACGGGCAUCGACGCUGACGCGUCGAGCGUCUUCAAGUCGAACCUGUUCCCGCUGCGGCUGCAGCUCCUCACGUCGGCGACCGGCGACACGGACCCGUUCCCCGUCAUCUUCAAGAACGGCGACGACCUGCGGCAGGACCAGCUCGUGAUCCAGCUCUUCACCCUCAUGGACCGCCUUCUGCGCAAGGAGAACCUCGACCUCAAGUUGACGCCGUACCGCGUCCUCGCGACCGGCGCCGUCGACGGCAUGGUCCAGUUCGUCCCGAGCCGCACGCUCCAGGACAUCACGAACGAGUUUGGCGCCCAGGGCCUCCUCGGGUACCUGAGGGAGCACAACGCCGACCCGGGCAGUGUCGGUACGUACGGCGUCAAGCCCGAGGUGUUCGACACGUACAUCCGCAGCUGCGCCGGCUACUGCGUCGUCACGUACUUGCUCGGCGUCGGCGACCGGCACCUCGACAACCUCCUUCUCUCGCCCGACGGCCACUUCUUCCACGUCGACUUUGGCUACAUCCUCGGUCGCGACCCCAAGCCGUUCCCGCCGGCCGUCAAGGUGUGCAAGGAGAUGGUCGACGCGCUCGGCGGCAUCCACAGCCCGCACUACGCCCGCUUCAAGAGCCUGUGCUUCACGGGCUUCACGACCUUGCGCAAGAACGCCAACCUCUUGAUCAACCUCGUCGCGCUCAUGGUCGAGGCCGACGUGCCCGACAUCCGGGUCGAGCCCGACAAGGCCGUCAUGAAGGUCCAGGACAAGUUCCUCCUCGCCCUGAGCGAGGACGAGGCGAUCCACGAGUUCGAGGCGCUCCUCAACGACACGAGCUACUUUGCCAGCGUCCUGGACCGCAUUCAUUCCGUAGCGCAGUACUGGAGGGCGUGAGCGUGCGGGCCUGUCGCCAUCGUCGUCGUCGUCGUCGUCGUCGUCGAGGCGUUGUUGUGAUUCAGACUGUCGCGCGCUCGAGCCUC